AUGGCCGAAUCAUUCGCUAUCCUCCGCCAACGCCGCUCCAACGAGCUAACCAGCCUCGCCAACGAGCACCUCCAACACGACCUCAAUGCCGAAGACCGCGACAAGCUCAACGCAGCCUCGAGAUCAAUCUCCACGUGGACGGCCAUUGGGUCCGGCGUCGGUAUUACCCUCGGUCUUGUCGCCGCCAUCCGCUUCCGCAACUCGCGCAAGGCGUUCUUCUCAGCCAUUCGCGCGCAGGAUAGACCUACCAAGGUUAUGUUUGAGGAUGGACGGACUGAGGCUAUUCCGGACCUCACGCCGCUGUUGAAGCCUACUACUCUCGGUGAUUUCGCGACUUAUUUCCUUGCCGCGGCUGGUGGGUUGUUCUUGGGUGGAGAGCUUGGCUUUGCUGGUGGUGUGGCGAAAGGGACGUGGAGUCUCGACGCGGAUCCCCAGAGCAAGGAGAGAAUUGAGACUGCUUUCAGGAAAUUCCGCGCUGAUGUGCUGCGGAAACAGGCUGAUGCUUUUGAUAAGGGGGAGAAUAAUUCCUAUCUCCUCUAG